CCCAAUCAAAUAUCCAGUUUGAAGGGUCUUUCAAUCGGCUGUAUGUGGGUGAAUAUGGCUUCAAGGGUUAGUGGAUGGUGGUCACAUCAUAAAGCGUAAGUCUUCUGUGGCAUUUUUGUAUUAUAUGUUUAACACUUGUUCACACUUGCCUCAACCAUUGUCAGGUUUGCCGGUUUCCAUAAUAGAGGAACAGGUAUCUGUUGACUAAUGCCAUCAGCAGAGAAACAUUUCCUCCAACAUAGCCGUUGUCUGUGUCGCCCAAUACUGUGGUACUGCGGGACUUCUCUCUUCACAUUCUCUCAUCUCAUCUUUGAAGCUGGACAGUGACAGCAGCUUCUGGCCAUCAUUUUUGUUCUUAAUUGUGAAUUGGCAGUCUCCUAGCUAUCCAACAGGAUCUUUGAAAAGAAGCUUCUUCUUUUUUUUUUUUUUUUUUGAGAAAAUGAGGAUUUUCAUAGCCUUUGAGGGAUCUUUUGAACCGUUUGAUGUUUCAGCAGAUGAAACUGUGGAGGCUGUCAAACUAAUGAUAAAGGAUUAUUUCCACAUUCCUCUCUCUGAAGAUGAACAAGGCAGGAGGUAUCUGGAGCUGAUGUAUGCCGGAGCAGCCCUAAAAGACAGCUGGAGUCUUAAUGAUGUUGGGAUAUCUUUUUGUUCAACUCUCAAAUGCUUUGUUAAGGAAGAAGCCAAGCCCACCCUCUACGUGUUCAAUGCUGUGACCCAAGAGACGAUGCCCAUAAUGGAGAGUAUUUCCCUUCUUGGUAAAAAAGUGUCUGAUCUGAGAACACUGAUAGCUCUGCGAUGCGGGUUCCCCAUGAGUGUCUUCUGUCUCCGGACCCCAGAAGGACUGGAGAUGUACGACUGCAACACCCUCAGGGACUACCAGACAGAUUACGGUACGACACUUCGCUUAGACGUCUGGGAUGGAUGGAAGGAAUUUCUGAUGGGCUGUCUCCUUGGACAAACACUUAAAGUCCAACGCUAUUUAUCAAAUGAAGGACCAGUACUGAAGUAUCAGAAAAGGGUUGCUCUGUACAUCGCCGCCUUUUAUGGGUACAUUGAGCUCACUGAAUGGGCCCUGAAGCAGGGUGUGCGGCCCAACGAGGCAGUCGGUGUGCACCCCUAUCGAGCAUGGUGCCAGGAAGCUCUUCACGCAGAUGUCUCUAAAUGCCCUAUUCAUGCGGCCGCAGAAACCGGCCAACUGUUGAUUCUGAAGGCUUUUGUCAACUGCAGCGUGCUGUGCCUGGAAUGCAAAAAUGCAGCAGGACAAACUCCCUUAACCAUUGCAUUCAAACACAAGCAUAAGGACUGCAUAUUAUAUUUACUGAGUAAACUGUGGUCCACGGUUUCUUUUCUGAAAAUCUCAAUCCCCAUGAGGAUUUAUAUUAAAAUAAAACAAUGGAUAUUCAGAGCUCAGAGUCACAACCUUAAUAAAAGCCAGCACUGCAGAGCAAGGGUUUUGGGAGCAAAAGUUGGAGACACUGUGAUGGUGGAUGGUUUCACCAAACCAAAAAUGACCUCUAAGAGCUGGCAUAAGGCUGGGAACAAGGACUUACAAGGUACCAUCGGCAAACUACCGCCUCUUAGGGAACAAACUACAAACAGGAAACCUGUCAAUCCUUUGUCAAUUUCACAGCAGGGCACAAGAGAACAAACAUUCAAAUUUCCUCCACUGGUUGAUGCAAAUACGUUUUCUGAAUUACAAAAACAACAACAAAACAGAAAAAAAUUUACUGCCACAGCUAGGAAAAAAGAAAAGCUCAUAAAAAAUUCAUAUCUCCCCCAAGUCCCCCUCCCUCCGGUUUCAAGAGUGGGCUAUUCACACCCAUCUUUUUACUACGCAACACCCAGUGCUGACUUUUUACUCAGAUCUUCCUUCGCAUCUUUCUCAGAGCACAGUGGGAGGACUCCAAGGGAGAAUGCCAUCUACUGCUUAGCUGUGGCCAGUGCCUUUAAAGAGAAACGAUGGCUUCAGCAGUUAGGAAUAGCAAGAGUCCUAGCCAAAAAGAGCAUUUCUAACCUGACUACCCAAGGAGGCCUGGCAGCAGGUGAAAAUCCUCCAGAAAUUGUGCUUUGAAAAGUCAUGACAACCCCAGUUUGGAUGAAGACCUGGUCAAACAGAACAUCUAGUCUAAUGCUAACAUUUCUAACAACAGUUCUA